AGCAGAUCGGCUUUGUUUUAUUUCAGUGCUUGUUUGUGUGUUUUUUUUUUUUUCCUUAGUUUAUUUGGCUUUUUAGUUGGUUAAGUGGAUUGAUUGUAUCUACGGCCUGCCUGUACUUGUAGGGUGGUACUGUAUGGUACAGACAGUGGUAGAAAUUGAUGCAUACCACUAACUAUUCUUAAACACAUUUGUCUAUAAAUCACCCCCAAAGACUUAAUAGGAUAUCAAUUGUAUACUACCUCCAUUCCUAGGGUAUUUUUAUCACUAUACAACCCUAUACUAUACUACCCAGUUCGGUAAGGCUUGGCAUCGAACCUCUCGCGGCAAACUUCCCCUCCUUCAUUUUCUUCCAAACAUCCCGACGCUGUCCUUUGCCCACUCUAUCUUUAUUUCACCAUGGCGGCUCAGGCUAGUGAGAAGUUGGAGAAGCUUGACCUCAACGGCCAGACUGCCGCAGGGAAAGCAGAUGCCCCGGCUGCUAGCCAAACAGAAACCGUUGAGGCAGAGGAUGACUCUGACGAUGACAAGGAGGAAGGAAACGCUGCACCGGAAGCAGGAACAGGCGGAGCUGCGAAGAAGAAGAAGCGCAAGCCAAAGAAGAAAAAGAAGGGUGGCGCUAAGGUUCAAAGCUCCCCGCCCCGCGUUGCCUUGACGAACCUCUUCCCCAACGGCCAGUUCCCUGAGGGUGAGAUCUGCGAAUACAAAGACGACAACACAUACCGCACGACCAGCGAGGAGAAGCGAUACUUGGACCGUAUGAACAAUGAUUUCUUGCAGGAGUACCGGCAAGGUGCGGAGGUUCACCGUCAAGUGCGUCAAUAUGCCCAGAAGAACAUCAAGCCCGGCCAGACCCUUACGGAAAUUGCGGAGGGUAUUGAGGACUCGGUCCGUGCUUUGACUGGCCACCAGGGUCUGGAAGAGGGUGAUAACAUUAAAGGUGGCAUGGGAUUCCCUUGUGGAUUGAGUAUCAACCAUUGUGCCGCGCACUAUACCCCGAACGCGGGUAAUAAGAUGGUGUUGCAGCAGGGGGAUGUCAUGAAGGUUGAUUUUGGAGCGCAUCUCAAUGGUCGGAUUGUUGAUAGUGCAUUUACUAUGGCUUUCGAUCCGGUUUAUGAUCCUUUAUUGGCUGCCGUUAAAGAUGCUACCAACACCGGUAUUCGGGAAGCCGGUAUUGAUGUCCGUGUGUGCGACAUUGGUGCAGCUGUCCAAGAGACCAUGGAGAGCUACGAAGUCGAAAUCAACGGGACAAUGCACCCGGUCAAAUGUAUCCGGAACCUGAAUGGCCACAACAUCGACCAGCACAUCAUCCACGGCGGCAAAAGUGUCCCCAUCGUCAAGGGUGGGGACCAAACUAAGAUGGAGGAGGGUGAGGUCUUUGCCAUUGAGACUUUCGGUAGUACCGGGAAGGGCUACGUGAGAGACGACAUGGAAUGCUCGCACUACGCCCUGGUCCCCGAUGCGCCCAAGGUGCCUUUGCGCGUUUCGUCGGCGAAGAACUUGUUGAAUGUGAUCAACAAGAACUUUGGCACCCUCCCCUUCUGCCGUCGCUAUCUCGAUCGGUUGGGUCAAGAUAAAUAUCUUCUCGGGUUGAACAACCUGGUGAACUCGGGUAUCGUGCAAGAUUACCCGCCACUUUGCGAUGUCAAGGGCUCAUACACGGCCCAAUAUGAACAUUCGUCUCUCGUCGAGGACCACUUCUUUUGGACAUACACAGAGGAGCCGCAUCGCUCUAGACGACAAGCAAUCAUCAAAGCCCAUCCAGAAGUAACGAAACUCUGUGGCCCCGAACCCCUAACCAAAUACACCGUGCUCUUCGUCGUUUCCCUCCAAGUAUGCUGCGCCUAUCUCCUUCGCGAUACCUCCAUGCUCUCAUGGAAAUUCCUCCUCACGGCCUACGUGAUCGGAGCCACCUCCAACCAGAACUUGUUCUUGGCUAUCCAUGAGAUCUCACAUAACCUGGCGUUCCGGUCACCCAUGGCGAAUCGGUUAUUGGCGAUUUUUGCGAAUAUUCCCAUUGGGAUUCCGUAUAGUGCUGCAUUUCGUCCUUACCAUCUAACCCACCAUAAAUCCCUCGGCGUAACCGGCCUCGACACAGACCUACCCACCGCUCUCGAAGCCUUCGUCCUCGACUCACUCCUCGGAAAAGCCUUCUUCUGCACCUUCCAGCUACUCUUCUACGCUAUCCGUCCUGCCUUCGUUUACUCUCCGCCAUUCUCGCGCAUUCAUUUGAUAAACAUCAUGACCCAAUUCUCUUUUGACUAUGCCUUAACGAAAAUCUCCGGGGGCUCGCUGCAGCCACUGCUAUAUCUGCUGCUGAGCGCGUUACUGGCGGGUUCGCUGCAUCCGUGUGCCGGGCAUUUUAUCGCGGAGCACUAUAUUUUCGAGAAAGUUGGGGAUGGGAAGGGAACGGAGAGCAUUCAGCGGCGGAAGAUGAACGGUGGCUCCAAUGGAAUGCCUAAAGAAGUUGCGAAUCUUCCCCCGCCGGAGACGUACUCGUACUACGGUCCUCUCAACAUUCUGACUUAUAAUGUUGGUUUGCAUAAUGAGCACCAUGACUUCCCUGCCAUCCCAUGGACGAGACUAUAUACACUGCACCGCAUUGCGAGUGAAUUCUACGAGCCGUUGCCCUGCCACCGGAGCUGGGUUUGGGUGAUCUGGACCUUCAUCCUGGACAAGAAUGUGGGCAUGUGGUGUCGUGUGAAGCGUGCGCAGGGCGGUCGUGUUGUUGGUGGUAGUUCUAAUGCUAAUGCUGGACGUGCUGGCGAGGGGAUUUCGGGUGCAUCGAACGGCCCGGAAGAAGGGGAUGGGUGGAAGGAGAGCGAGAUUCAGAACUAGGUUUGAAUCAUGCAUUGUUUUCUCGGUUAUAUUAUCUCAUACCUUUUUUUUUUUUUUUUUUUUUUU